UCUCGUUCAGUCUCACACAAACUCAAAAAACAAAUCUUACUAUAAUCAAUCAGCAAUGGAGGGAAACAACCGGAAGGAUGAGGGUACUUAUGAAGAAGAAGAAGUAUGUUCGUUUCCUAAAAUUGUUAAUGCGGUUUGUUCAAACGAUCGUACUCGUCGUGAACAAAACCCUUUGCAACAGAAACUUGGUGCCCACCCGAGUUCAAUGCCUAACGAUGUUACCAUGAACAGUGAUCAUGGUGAGAAAGUCGACGAGAAUCUGCCAGACGAGGAGAGUAACCGUACGGCUAAACUGCAACGUCAUGUCCUGAAUCAUCGUAUGGUGAAGGAGAGGAAAAGACGACAAAGUUUUAAAGAAAAAGUCGAGAUAUUGCAGAGCAUGAUGCCUAUGCCCCCAAAGUCGGACACUGCCGGAAAGCUUGAUAAUGUCAUCGACUACUUACAAAGUUUGCAAUAUCAAAUAGAUUUAAUGAAUACGGCAUACGCAGCAGGUGCUAAUUCGGGUUACAUGUUACCAUAUUAUGGAGCUCAACCACCAUCUAUGUCUCCAUGGGGCUAUUAUCCACCACCGAUACCAAUGAUGCCUCAGCAAGUUAUGCGCAAUAUCCCACAAAUUGGCCAGGGAAAUAACAACGUGGCGCAGCCUGCUCGAACUAAACCUCCGCCUGGUCAAACUAAACCUUCGCCUGAUCAAGCUAAACCUUAAUAUAAGAGCUUUGGCUUUGUGGCGUGUUAUGAUCAUCGGGAUGUAGAAUCGUUUCUUUAUAUAUAAAUAUAUAUAUAGAAAGUGUCGUUGGGAACUAAGAUGUAUACGUAGUUUUACAAUAAGGGUUAAGUUGAUGCCCACAAUAUGUGAAAACACUUUCAUCUGUUCUGUUAUGGUUGAGCAUCGUUCCUCUGUUAUGUUCUGUUUUGCUCAACCUUUUUAUCUUUUUUUUUACUGUAUGUAAGAUAAAUAAACAUGAAAAAUAUAUAAAAUAUACGUGUGGUGGCACGGUUGUAUUGGAUCCUAAGUUCGAUUUAACUA